CAAUCAGUUGUUUGGCUUCGUUGAGUUGUGGUCGAAGACGAAGUUAACGUCGGUUAGUAGCCAGUAAGGUUGGGUGCAUGAACCCUGAAAGUGAGCGUUGGGAUGAUAAACUGUAGCUGGAAAGAAAAUGAAUGAGUGGAACCCAACUGCUAAAUUUUACGAUCCACUCAAAGCGGGAAGUAUCGAUGGCACCGAUGUGGAGCCCCAUGACCGCGCCAUAUGGAGGGCUAUGCAGGCCCGAUACAAACCUAACAAAGGCGUCGUGGGGGACCCGCUUCUCACCCUGUUUGUGGCCCGUUUAAACCCUCAGACGACGGACGAUAAACUGCUCGAAGUGUUUUCGAAGUACGGAGACAUCAAGCGGCUACGACUGGUGAGGGACCUCGUAACGGGGUUCUCUAAAGGAUACGCGUUCAUCGAAUACAAGGAAGAGCGAGCCAUUGCCCGGGCCCGCAGAGACGCCAAUAAAUUAGUGGUGGACCAGCAUGAACUGUUUGUAGAUUUUGAACAAGAGAGGACCCUGAAAGGAUGGGUCCCCCGACGACUCGGCGGCGGACAAGGAGGGAAGAAGGAGUCCGGACAGUUGCGCUUUGGUGGAAAAGACAGACCUUUUCGCAAACCCAUUUACCUCGGGGUCAGCUCGGCGCAGGAACGGACAGGCGGUGGGAGGGAGUGGGACAGAGGCGCAAGAGAGAACAGAGACCGACGCAGAGAGAGAGACCGGCUGUCUCCGAGACACCCGGAAAGAGACACUGACUGGGGGAGUAGAGGGGGGCGAGAUGACCGUGAGAGGGCGAGGGAAAGGGAUUCCUAUGGAAAGAACGACAGGAGUACUGAAAGAGAGAGGGAUGACAGAAGACACCAGUAUAGACACAGGGACAGGAGGUGAAACCCACUUUCAACGUCAAGGCAGAUUUGUGACAGAUGACUUGCAACAUCAGCCUAAACGCAGACCUCUGGAAGGGUAUUUUCUGGCAAGUGGGUAGAUAGGGAAUUUUGUUUUGUUUAUUAUGCUGCAAUGGUUAAAACUGAAUUUACCAUAUAACAUUUUUACAUUUUACGGUGUCGUGCUGUUGCUUUUUCUACUAACAAUGAAGAUUUCACACAUUGUAGAGCUUAGGUUUUGCGUUGUUGUGAAGAAGCUGCCAGCACAAGUACAAUGGUCUCAUCUCUGAAGUUGGGUCUAAAUUGUCAUCCUGUGCCAAACAAAUCUGAGCAGGGAAUAAAAAAAUUUUUUUAA